CUCUUUUUCAUUCGGGUCUUUUGAAGCAUCCUAUCUAUUCUAUAUCUCUGACACAUCUGCCUACACACUUGACUUCCUCCUAAUUGUAAUUUUUUCUCCAUCCUCUCUUUCGCCAUCUUUGUUCUUUGCUAGAUUCGGUCCUUCCCGGGGGUUUUCUCGUGGCGUUUUCUGGACGGAGACUGUCCUGCGACAACUUCCUUAACUCCAUUCUAGCAGUCUCACCGCCCGGGUCAUGGUUCUAUAGAUAUGCCAUCGAAGACAAUCCGACCCGACUCUCUCUGUCCAGUACGAUUUCUCUGAUUUUAUGCUAGUUUCAGAAGAGCAGGGACAACGCUACUUCAAUCCCCCUCCUUCAGAAAGUCUUGUCCGUCCAUUCCAAGAAACGGAUAUCAGCACCCGUCCCAGCGGAUCAAGAUUCCUCGAUUAAACACUCGUCUGCCUUGGCAAUCAUGACCGCCAACAUGUCUACAUUAUCACCUCAGCUUGUUCAGGAUGACUCGCCCACUGGAAUGAGUUUCCAUGAUGUCAAUUUUUCCGAUCCCUAUCUCUCAGCUCCUGUGGACCCUGAUGAAGCCUCCUUCAAGUCGUCCGCUAUAAGACUAACGCCG